AUGGCGACAAGACAGACAGGCAAGAUGCUGUCCCCUCUUAGGUUGACAAUAUAUUUGUUAUUUUUCUUCGCUCCUGGGACAUUUUCAUCCACCCUUCGUCUUCAUCGAGACCAUCGGUUCUUGCUACCGCAGGACAGAGGGUAUUCUACGGUGAACGCAAAUGAAGAAUUUAUCCAUGGAAUAGGCGCCGAUGCGAAGCGACGAGCUGCACGUAAUACAAGGGAAGACAGAGCUUCUGGAAUGUAUCAGCAUCGCAAUCGGCGGAGUGCAGUCGAACCACCCGUGCCAAAGGUGUAUGGACAGGUAAUGCAUUACUUCUCCAGUAGUAACUACAAUUCUACUGAAAGCAGCUAGCUAGCUGGUCUCACGUCACACUCGGAAGGCUAUCUACAGUUAGUUACAGUAGCUAGUUAGGUUUAGCAGCUAACUAGCUAGUUAGGUUUAGCAGCUAACUAGCUAGCUAGUUUAGUAACGGACCUCAGCAAGCCUCUAUGGCGCUCUCAUUUCACGCACGACCCUUGACGAGGAGAGGUGAAGAGCAAAUAGCAGAAGUCAGUCUAGUUUAUUGCCAAGUGUGUGAUUAUCAGUACCACUGUAGCGAGAUAGCUACAAUAUUUUUUAACACAGACUGCCCCCUUUCAGCAUACGAUGCCAUGGCGGGCUCUUUUUACCCCGAUGUAAGGCUCGAGCUACCAUAGAACGCUCUGGCAUUACCUAUUCAAUGACGUCACUCUAUAUCUAGUAAACAAACCCUCUGUUUUACUGUCUACCAACAGACUGUGACCCACAUGUAUUGCACGAAGUCUUUGAAUUAUCUUCUUGAUUGAAUUAUCUUCUUGACCAACCUAAUGCAGUAUUUUUAUUUUUAUCUGACCAGCUUUUCAGUAACCCGGUGAUCACAGCAUGUCACCACAAUCACAGUUGAUGACAGACAUCAACAGAAUUCUAAUUAGCCAAGACUGCCACUAUAGUCCUCCCAAUGUGGACAUGCAUGCCUUAUUGGAAGGUGCAAAUAUUGUGAAGAGCCAAUAGUGGCAGUCUUUGCAUAUUAGAUUUUUGUUAUUGUUGAUUUCUGUAAGACGUUGGGGCUGUUGUGUAUGAUGAGGUCACAUUGUUGAGUAUCUCCAUAAUGUGAUUUAUUAUUUAUUACGGUAGUCUGCUCUUCACUAUUCCUUCAAAUGAAACUAAAAGUCACUGGUGGUUGCACUGCAUUCCACACAACCUCAAAUUGGAACAGACAUGGUUGCUUAUUUGAUCAACUUUGGAUAUCAUUUUUUGCCACUUUGGAAUUCCUCUGCUCGUCAGAUGUCAUGUUUUGUUCUGUAGGGUGUUCAUUGAAUCAAAUUUAGGUUAACUGUAUGCCAGAUGACAUCUUCUUGGAAUGAGAGUAAGCUGUUGUUUAGCCCCCCCUUCAGAAAUAUCCCUAAACAGCACACCGUUUUUCCACCACACUUAACAGAAAAUAAACACAGCCAGUGUCUCCUCAAACACCCAUUUCCCUAACUGUGACAGUAGAGGAAAGCCAAUAUCUUCAGGGAUUAAAUAGCUUUGUUCAUUAGACAGGGCACUCAUGGGAUUCAGCCUAGAAGUUUCUAAAGGUGCUGCAGCAAAAAUGCACAAAAUGUAUGCAAAAAAUGCACAAAAAGGUACAUACUUUAUUUGUUUAUAAAUAAACAAGGUUGGCUAUUUGUAGCAACUGUAGGGCUGUUAUUUUGGCAUUUAAGUUCAAGUAAGCUUUCAGUCCCCCGUCCCUAACCAUAUUGAGCUAUAUAGAUCGAGAUAUAGAUAUAAUUCUCACUUUAAAUAUAAUUGUUGUACUAAUCUGUAUCGGAUGUUGUCAGUGUGUGUGAAAUGUGGAUACAAUUAAUCAGAGUUUCUUAGUUUAAGUAAGGAAUGUGGAAUGUGGGUUUAGAGUUCAUUCGUGAUAAUGAGCUCAAAAAAGGAGGAAAUGAAGUAGAAAAAAUGAACUCUGAGACAAAGAAUGGCGCCGGAGGGGAUGGCUGCCAUUUUACGGGUUCCUAACCAAUUGUGCUAUUUUGUGUGUUUUUUCGCAUUGUUUGUUACUUAUUUUGUACAUAAUGUUGAUGCUACCAUCUCUUAUGACCGAAAAGAGCUUCUGGAUAUCAGAACAGCGAUUACUCACCUCGAACUGGACAAAGAUUUCUUCUUUAUUGAGUCUGAAGCGAAGGAUAUAAUGCUGCUCCCAGACAAGGCCCAAAUCCCCGUCAUUCGCAUGAAGAAAAAAAGGAAAUACAGGGGGCGGAGAUCAGGGUGCCUUGUGAGAAUUUGUCGGCGAGUGGGUAACCCGCCUCUACCAUCCGUUCUAUUGGCCAAUGUGCAAUCACUGGAGAAUAAACUGGAUGAGCUCCGUUUGAGAAUAUCCUACCAAUGGGACAUUAAAAACUGUAAUAACUUAUGUUUCACUGAGUCGUGGCUGAACGACGACACAGAUAAUAUACAGUUGGCUGGGUUUUCCAUGCAUCGGCAGGACAGAACAGCUAAGUCCGGUAAGACGAGGGGUGUGGGUGUUUGUCUAUUUGUCAAUAACAGCUGGUGCACGAUGUCUAAUAUUAAUGUAGUGUCGCGGUAUUGCCCGCCUGAGGUAGAGUACCUCAUGAUAAGCUGUAGACCACACUAUCUACCAAGAGAGUUUUAAUCUAUAUUUUUCGUAGCCGUCUAUAUACCACCAUAAACCGACUCUGGCACUAGGACCACACUCUAUUACUUUAAUGCAGGCAAACUUAAAUCCGUUUGACCUAAUUUCUACCAGCAUGUGCAACCAGAGGCAAAAAAACCUCUAAACCACCUUUACUCCACACACAGAGACCCGUACAAAGCUCUCCCUCGCCCUCCAUUUGGAAAUUCAGACCAUAAUUCUAUCCUCCUGAUUUCUGCUUACAAGCAAAAACUAAAGCAGGAAGUACCAGUGACUCGCUCAAUACGGAAGUGGCCAGAUGACGCGGAUGCUACGCUACAGGACUGUUUUGCUAGCGCAGACUGGAAUAUGUUCCGGGAUUCAUCCAAUGGCAUUGAGGAGUAUACCACCUCAGUCACCGGCUUCAUCAAUAAGUGCAUCGACGAUGUCGUCCCCACGGUGACUGUACGUACAUACCCCAACCAGAAGCCAUGGAUUACAGGCAACAUCCGCACUGAGCUAAAGGCUAGAGCUGCCGCUUUCAAGGAGCGGGACACUAAUCCGGAUGCUUAUAAGAAAUCCCGCUAUGCCCUCAAACGAAACAUCAAACAGGCAAAGCAGUCAAUACAGGACUAAGAUUGAAUCCUACUACACCAGCUCUGACACUCGUCGGAUGUGGCAGGGCUAUUAAACACAUUAUUAGACACAAGCCUACAAGACGGGCUAAAUGCUUUUUUUUAUGCUCUCUUCAAGGCAAGCAACACUGAAGCAUGCAUGAGAGCACCAGCUGUUCCGGACGACAGUGUGAUCACGCUCUCCGUAGCCGAUGUGAGCAAGACCUUUUAAACAGGUCAACAUUCACAAGGCCGCGGGUCCAGACGGAAUUACCAGGACGUGUACUCAGAGCAUGCGCGGACCAACUGGCAAGUGUCUUCACUGACAUUUUCAACCUCUCCCUGACCGAGUCUGUAAUACCUACAUGUUUCAAGCAGACCACCAUAGUCCCUGUGCCCAAGAAAGUGAAGGUAACCUGCCUAAAUGACUACCCCCCCGUAGCACUCACGUGUGUAGCCAUUAAGUGCUUUGAAAGGCUGGUCAUGGCUCACAUCAACACCAUCAUCCUGGAAACCCUAGACCCACUCCAAUUCGCAUACCGCCCCAACAGAUCCACAGAUGACGCAAUCUUAAUCGCACUCCACACUGCCCUUUCCGCCUGGACAAAAGGAGCACCUAUGUGAGACUGCUAUUCAUUGACUACAGCUCAGCGUUCAACACCAUAGUGCCCACAAAGCUCAUCACUAAGCUAAGGACCCUGGGACUGAACACCUCCCUCUGCAACUGGAUUCUGGACUUCCUGACGGGCUGCCCCCAGGUGGUAAGGGUAGGCAACAACACAUCUGCCACGCUGAUCCUCAACACGGGUGCCUGUAUAGCCUCAUUAUUGUUAUUUUAUUGUGUUACUUCUUUUUUUAUUUUUUACUUUAGUUUAUUUAGUAAAUAUUUUCUUAACUGCAUUGUUGGUUAAGGGCUUGUAAGUAAGCAUUUCACGGUAAGGUCUACACCUGUUGUAUUCGGCGCAUGUGACAAAUAAAAAAUUUGAUUUGAUUUGACUUCCAGUAAAAACACUUAGUCAAACUGUGGAGGCAGUCACGGAGGGGGCUGGAUUGUGAAAUUCAAGCGGGGAGUGUGACUGAAACCUGUCUUGAGCAUCUGCGAGUUGAGAUUCUCGCUCAAAACAAACAAGAGAGCCAAGCCUCUAGUCUUGCGCCUCGGUCAUUUUCAGCAGAGACAGAACGUCUUGAAACAGAGUGAAACGCGGAGGUCAUACCUGAACUUGUCCAAUAGUGAUUUUGUGUUGCUUCGCAAAUUGUUUUGCUAGGGCGUGCCCUACUGAACACACCCCUAAAGUUGCUCAAUCUAUCCAGUCAAGGGUUUCUCACAGUUCACAAACAUCUCCAGAGAAAUAACAUGACACACUCUAAAGGUGUGCUGCAAGCAGGAUCUGGUUCCCUGCCACAUGACACAUAGUAAACAGAUCAAACAGGGUUUGUGCAUAAGACCACAAUAAAAGUGCCAUGGUGAUGUUUGGUCUGGCUUGGGGAAUGCUUGGCUGUACUCAUUUUCCUCAUUAGAUAGUGGUCAUCAUGUCACACGUAAGGAGCCUUGAUCAAUACAUUUCACUACACUUGUCUGGUGCCUGGACUUAUUCUGAUGCUUGUCGUCUAGCCUAAUUCUAUGAGCCUGUGUGAGCAAGGAGGAUACAUAUGUUUGCAGUUAUGUGUUGAGUUUCAAGCGAUUAAGCCUAAUGUAGUAGGACAACUGAUACUGUUUGCUAACAGCAGCGAAGCGAGUGCCGGGGAAAAAUAGGUGCUAUGGUAAACAAUCAGAAUCCUGAUCAUCUUUGAUCGUCAUGAAGAAAUUAGGGUUGAAUAUCUGCAGUUGUAUUGGAUACCUUGUUGCUCUCUUAUUCCUUAUUUUGGCCUAUCGGUGUGUGUGUGUGUGAGACAGCGAGCGAGAGAACAAGCAUUGGCAAGCUAUACCAGCUUGGUCCCCUUCAACCAGUUGGUUUCAUUUUGUGUUUGCAUAUAAUUUACUACAGUCUGUCACUGUCUAUGACAGAUCCUUUCAGGACUACAACCACAUACUUGUUUUUGACCCUUAAAACACUCACUUACUGUUAGGAAUUGGUGUGAAUUCACUGCAAGUUGCAGUAGAAAAUGUGAACCAUGCAGAUGUGGAAAAGGUAUGUCAAAAAGGGCAUUUUCACUGCUCUGGUGUGUGUGUGUGUGUUUGUGAGCUGCAUUUCAGCUGACUAGUCUCUCAAGGUCAGAUAAAUCACCUGGAGCUGAAUGAACACACACACACACACACACACACACACGCACAUACACACACCCCAAGCUCACCUCAAGUCUCACUUCAAGCUUGUUUCUCACAUUUAUUCCCCAAAAGAAUGUGCCAGGCACUCACUAAUGUUUUGCUGGCUGGCUACUCUUCGCUGCCAACAGCAUUGAGACAUUCAGCGUGAUCUGCCAUGUUAACCCACUUAUCAGUCAGCCUUGUGAAGAACAACUCUCUAGUCUCUGUCAAAGAGGCCACUUCAGAGAUUCCACAGAGCAGAGCAGCCCUUUAUAUAACAUAGCCGAGCCCAGACUACACUAUGGGGAGAUAAACAACUAGCCUAUAACACAUUGAUAUCAGGGCCUGUCGCAGCUAGUUGGCCAUCAAUCAGUGUGUGUAUAUAAAAAUAAAAAUAAAUGUGCGGCAUGGCUGUCACAGAGGACAGUGGCGCAAUUGUGCUGCAUCCAGCCAAAAAUACACACUGGUAGAUUGCAAAUGCAAAUUGAACGUUCGCACUGAACGCCAGUUCUGCAGCAGGCGGAUGAUGUCAUCGUCGGUUCAGCGCCGCUCCAAUGGUGACACUCUUUCAGCAGUGGUUCAUUCUGCUCUUGAAUAAUGAAGGAGAACAUGAUGGGGGAGAUGUAAAUACUCACCCUAUUUCACUGGGGGUUUUUCUUUGCUUGUUGUUGUUGAGGAAACAGAUUGACGUCGUAGCACCAGGGUCGUGUUUAGUAGGGCACAAAACCGUUUUGCCACGGUAAACGAAAAUAAGCAUUUCUUGGACAAGUUCAGGUAUAAGCCUACCUCCCUGUUUCUCUCGUUUCAAAACAAUUUCUCUCGACUGAACACAACCAUGCUUCUCAAAGAAGGGAGGGUAGUGUACAUGAGAGGAGGAAAGAUAAUGUUUUUUUGGCACCACGAAAGCGUCUCCUGAAUUACAUGUUUGCCAAUGAAAACAAUUUUGAGGAGAGUCCAGAUUGAUGUGACUGAUAUAGGCCUAGUCAAUAUUGUGCGUUUAAGUUUGGACUCAUGGAAUCAGCAUUAUCAGUCUCCUUCAGACACUCGGCCUUGGCUUUUGUAAGGCAUGGUUUGCAAUCUUCCUUUUCCAUUCCGAUGAUGUUUUGCAACUGAUAUUAAUCUAGCUUCGUCCAGAUAGUGCAAAAGGAGCAUGAGCCGUGAGCUAUGGACAGAUUAAUUUACUGUUCCUUCAAGGUUUCCUUCAAGGUUUGGCCGGGUAAAUAAAUACAUGAGAAAUAGGCCUGCGUUCUUCCUGACUUGGUGUUGACAAAUGUGGGGCUUGUCAGAUGCUACCAGAGCAUAUACGUCAAUGGACUAGUGCAAAGGAAUUUGUAGUGUUAGAAUCCCUGGCACUUGCUUGGUGAAGACUGCUGGUUGCCUUUGUAUGACCACCCGUCCUAAUGCCCCAGUGACCAACAUGCUUCCUACAAGACAGAUGUAUUGGGUCACUUCUUUCUUUGAUACUUUCUAUCCUCUAACUAUCAUACUAGCAAACUCAAGAUCUGGAAUCAUGACUAUCUAUGCUAAAAACCAUUUGGCAGUGCUAAACAGGACGGUAUUAUCAAAGUUAGGCACAUUUUCGGGCCCAACAUUUACUUCAAGGCCUCAGUGAAAGCAGUACUAUCACAGAGUUUCUAAACUUAGAGGCGCAACAUCGCGAGAAUUCCGGGAACGGUUGCGAAACAGACCAAACAGACCAGGCCGGGAUUUGGGGUUUGAGAAGUGAACAAUUAUUUCUUAGUUGUUAGUUUUCUCGAAAUCUAAUGGCACAACCUAGAUUCAAGCCAAUGUCCUUAGGUAGUUGAACAUGUUAUUACUCCAACCUUGUGAAAGUGACAAACUGACACGUUUUCAUUUUCCUCAAAAACAACUUUAUAGUGCCUUUGAUUUGACUACCUGCACUUGCGCAGUUCAGCGCGAGACGACCAUUAGACCCGAUGACGUGUUUCUACGCAUGAGCUUUGCUAGCCAACGUCGCCAUGACAUCGCCUACAAGUGUGAUCAGGGAUUUCUUUUGGAGAAGCAGUUUUAGCCUAUCUUGAUGCUGUACUGUCUUUGGUAAUAACGUCAAUCACUUGCAAGACCACAAGCAAUAGGAGAUGUCAUUGUGCUCAAGGUAGCCCAAACACACAUAGACUUUAAAAACACAAUGAUUAGACCUAUUAUUCAUUUUAUCACAAAUCUAAAUAGAAAGCAGUUACAGUCAGUCCAAUCUACCCUAAAAGCUGUAUUAUGAGAUAUAGGCAGACCUUUUGGGACCCAACAGACAACAGUGAGCUUAUGAGGCCUUAACCCUCACGUAACUGGAGAUGGUUUGAGUGAUGCUCACGUCCAUUACCUGUUAAUGGCCGAUUUGUUAUCGAGCUGGGCGAGAGGAAUAGAUUGUGUCUCAUGAUGCCAUUUGCAGCAAUUUACCAGUGCCAUCACUCUCCUGAUUCAGCAGUGUCAGGAGGACCACACCGGCACCCCUUUUACAUGCUCUGUGGGCAAUGAGGCUUAAAAGGCACUGAGAUUUACUGCAGAGUCAUCUCACCCUUGAAGAUGGCCUUGCCUUUGACUCAGCUGACCUCCUGGGACGUGUUCAGUAGGGCCCACCAUAGCGAAAUGUUUUAAAACGUUCUGAAUGAGCGUUUCUUAUUAGACAAGUCCAGUUAGUAGAAGUGUUCUACUAUUUUGGAACUCUGUUUCUCAGGGAAUGAUAAUGUUAUUACAUGGAAUGAGUUACCUUAUUACAAUGUUCAUCCUGAAAUCAUGCUUAUACACACACAACAAACUCUUGUAGGCUAUUUUGUAGCAAUCUGCAGCAGAAAUCACAUUCCAUUACUAAGUCUACAAGCCCUAGUACCAAUAGUUGGUGUAAAGUUACCACUGAAAGAAGAGGAAUGUCUGUUUUAUCAUUUAUACAGAAAUUACAGUCUUUGUGUUGUCAACUGUCCAAGUCUGUAAAAAUACUGUAGUAAAGGGAGAAAACAGAGCUUUUUAAAGACUCACAGCUCCCUGCAGAAUGAUACAUGAAGAAUGAGAGAGAGGAGCGCUCGGGUGAGAGGCAAAGGCAAUGGGAAUUAAAAUGACAUACUUUUUGUGGACUCACACUUUACAGAUCUUAUUGUCAGAGCUGCACCAAUGGAGCUUUAGCGUUUGAUUGAGUGGUGCCUUCUGCUGUUACACUACUACAUCUACCACAAGCACUUAGUAGCAGCAUUGUGUUGUUUCAAUGGACACAGUGAAGGCCUCUGAAAGUGGGCGAUGUGAGGUAAAGCUGGUCACUGCUUGUUCUCUCGCUCACUGACACACACACACACACACACACACACACACACACACACACACACACAGAGAGAGGAGCCUUUAGCGAGUUGCUCCUCGCAAGGUCAUAACAAUAAGACCACAAAGUCCGUCGCCGUAGUAACGUGCAUCAGUGAGCUUAACUGUAUGAUGACUAAAGAAAAGCAUGACAGCUCUGUUCAAUACACCAGACACAGCCAGGCAAGAUACAGCAAACUUUCACAGCGGGAUUUCUACCAGCUAAGCAGGUGCUGCGAACCCAGCAAAAUCAUUGAUAAUAAUAGCAUUUCAUAACAAAUUUGAUAUGGUCCAAGGAUGUUUUAUCAGAGAUAAAAAGCCACUGUAAUUCAUCAGAUAGUUGCUUAAUUCAUUGGACUCGGAGUUGAUCAAACAGAACAAAAAUACAACAGGUCAAUUGAGAGACUGUUCUUUUCUUUGCAGGCCAACCUGAACGAUUCCCAUAACCAGAUGGUGGUGCACUGGGCCGGGGAGAAGAGCAAUGUCAUUGUGGCGUUGGCCAGAGACAGUGUUGGAGCCACAGGUCCCAAGGCUAGCUCGGUGAGUACACAGUAGUACACUUCCUGUAAGUACGUAAGUACAGUAGUACACUUCCUGUGAGUACCGGAGUACACUUCCUGCGAGUACAGUAGUACACUUCCUGUAAGUACGUAAGUACAGUAGUACACUUCUUCUGUGUACUGGAAUACACUUCCUGUGACUACAGUAGUACACUUCCUGCGAGUACAGUAGUACACUUCCCGUGAGUACACUAAUGUAGUAGCUUACAUUUCCUGUAAGUACCGUAACAUACCUUCUGUGUGGGAUGUUUAUCCACAAUCACGCAAAAAGAACAUAUCCAUGAACCUAUCCAGCACUACAUAGCCUAAUACCUACAUGUUGUUUUUAGCCACUUUUGAAUUUUCUCCUUCCCUCUCAAUUCAUGUUGCCCUCUUUUCAGAUAACACCCAUAGGAUUCUGCCCUCCUGACUGUACAUUUCGGUUGUCUUUUUCCCAUUCAAAUGUAGACUCCUUUGUUCGAGGUACCAUGGCAGAAAUGAUAAUACUGUGUUAACCACAGUUUGACUGUGUAAUGUUGUCUUUGUGUAUCCAUGUGUGUUUGUGUGCGUGCGUGCAUGUGCGUUUGUGUGUGUGUGCAUCUGGUCAGUGACAGUGACAGGCCACAUGUUGUCAGUGCUGCGGGGCCCAGACCUGUUCCACUGUGCUAAGGAGAUGGCGCCAUGGCCGGCCGGCCAGCCGUGUGCUUCCUCUCUACUCCUCUCCUCUCACAGAUCAGAUUCACUGAGCCACGGAUUAAUCCCUCCAUCUGUUACACCACCAAAAUACUUAUCUUUCUACUCUCUCUGCUUUUGAUUAUAUCAGCUCCCUAUCCUGCCUGAUACUCACGCUCAGCUUACAGUAACCCAAUUACCUCCCACUGCUUUUGUUCACACUGUAAGAAUGACCUCUCGCGCUCCUCAAGGGGUUAACUUAAGAUGUAAUGCCAUUUGAAAAACAAGUGGUUUAUACUAAACCGCAGAGAUACCACUGGUGAAGGACAGUUUGUACAAUAAUUGUUAGUUUUGUGUCUCUCUCCACUCCCAGUUCAGUACGCUCCUCGACAUAACUUCCAGCCAGCGUUGUGGAUUCAGUGGGCUUUGUGUGCUGUUCUCUGUGGUCUGAGCUCCUUGGUGUCUGGCACUCUGACGGGAAUCUGAGAGCUCUGACCUCACUCGUGUAUUGUCUCUGAUAGAAUCUGCAGGACAGGAGGGAACAGAACAGAACAGCAUUGAACACUAAACACCUCUUAACAUUCUGGAUUGGAGUUCUCUCUUAAAGGAACUACAGUUCCACUCACUAGUCACUUAACAUGGACAAAGCUUUUUCCCAAGUAUUGUGUUUCUCUCCGUAAAUGGAAAGUCUGUAGAUGGAAAGUCUUGCUACUGCCUAAAUGCUUUAAUUCAUUUUACUGAGUCAGUUAAUGGCCUCUCUCCCAAUAACCAAUUCUAAAAUGAUUUUGUCCUCUGCUAGAAAUUAGUCCUUCAUCAAAAAGCAUUUAAUUUUUCCUGUCCAAAAAGCAUCACAACAAAAAGUACCGUGAUAGUGGAUUUCAUUUGUUUACCAUGUACCAUCACUUCCAUGUUCUCACCUCUUUCCUCUCUCUUCUGUCACAUGGUAGGUGUACGUGUCUUACGACUAUGGAACCAGCUUCUCCCCCAUCUCAGAGAGGUUUCAGCUGAGUGGGGAGAAGGAGAAAGAGGGGAGCAAGCAGGUCAUCUCCCAGUUCUACCAUAGUCCCGCUGACAAUAAGAGGGUAAGUGGCUGAAGACCAUAGAGGUACGUACACUGAGUGUACAAAGCAUUAGGAACACCUUCCUAAUAUUGAGUUGCAUCUUCUUUUGCCCUCAGAACAGCCUCAAUUCAUCGGGGCAUGGACUCUACAAGGUGUCGAAAGCGUUCCACAGGGAUGCUGGCCCAUCUUGUCUCCAAUGCUUCCCACAAUUAUGUCAAGUUGGCUGGAUGUCCUUUGGGUGGUGGACCAUUCUUGAUACACACGGGAAACUGUUAAGUGUGAAAAACCUAGCAGCGUUGCAGUUCUUGACACACUCAAACUGGUGCGCCUGGCACCUACUACCAUACCCCGUUUAAAGGCCCUUAAAUAUUUAGUCUUGUCCAUUCACCCUCUGAAUGGCACACAUACACAAUCCAUGUCUCAAUUGUCUCAAGGCUUAAAAAUCCUUCUUUAACCUGUCUUCUCCCCUUCAUCUACACUGAUUGAAGUGGAUUUAACAGGUGACAUCAAUAACGAAUCAUAGCUUUCACCUGGAUUCACCUGGUCAGUCUAUGUCAUGGAAAUAGCAGGUGUUCCUAAUGUUUUGUUAACUCAGUGUACAGUAUGAUGAUAAUAAUACAUACUGUUUUUAGACCUAUCUCUAUAUUGAAGACUGCCCUGAUACAGAGGGGUUUUAUUAUGUUUUCAAUGUUUGAGUGUAUAGCUCUUUUCUGUAUGUUCUCCCAUCUCCACACGACCAGGGGAAGGCACAUAACGUCAUUGAGCUUGUGGUAUAUUAGGGUUGAUUUAGGUGUAUAGUGUCUGUGGGUGUGUGUGUGCUUGUGUACAUGCGUAGUUAUCAGUCAUGAGCUCGAGAUUGUUCGAUGCAGUGCCCUGAGGUUUGGUGCGUUGCCGUGUUCGAUUAUGUCUCACUGUGUGCCGGUGAGUCAUAGCCCUGGCCCCGCCCCCAGCCGUUCCCCCUGGCACUCAGCCCAGUGGAGAUUAUUGACAGGUGUAAGGGUGCAUGGGAAACGCAGUUUGUUCCAUUAGCAGGCAGGUAGGCACUCGUGUGUGUGUGGCCUGACUUGUGAGCCCUGCAGGCUUGGGCCAUCCGUCUGGGCUCUAGAGAGAGAGGCAGGGCUGCCUGGUAUAAGAGCAGAUAACAGCCGGAGGAUUUCGCCCUCUUAGUCUGCAACAUACUCCCAACAUCAUGGAGAUUAUUAUGAUGGGAAAUGAGUGGUUUCUUCUCAUCUGCACACUGAGCUGUGAGCUUUCCCAUUUGAAUUCAGGGCCCGUAUUUAGCAAGCUUCUCAGAGUAGGAGUACAGAUCUAGGAUCAGUUCCUCUCUGUCUAUAAUAAUCGGAUUCAUUAUGAUCUAAAAGGCAAAACUAAUCCAAAAUCUCCUUCUCAAGACGCUUGAUAAAUAUGGGCCCAGAGCAGCAGGUCUAGCCUCUCCUUGUAGAAGCAUUUGAAGCAGAUGAUGAGGUGUCUGAGAGAUAAAUUGCACUGAUCACUUUAGGUAAUGAUUUAUGAAUUAAGGGGGAUCAGAGAUAAUGAAUGGUUAGCCUAUAGCAUAACCCACUGACUAACCUUACAUUUAGGGCUAUGCUUAUACUCCAAGUCCUUUGUACUUGGGUCUGACUGGUUAUGGAUCUGCCUAUUUAUAAGAAAGAUUUACCCAUUUUGAAUGUUAUAUAUAUUUUUUGCAUCUCUGCGCAAUGUUCUAUCUAUUCCCGGGGUCAUUUCAUGUGUAGAAGUAUUCACACCCACCGAGUCAAUACAGCUUUCAGUCUUUAUGGGUAAGUCUCUAAGAGCUUUGCACACCUGGAUUGUUCAAUAUUUGCACAUUAUUCUUUUUAAAAUUCUUCAAGCUCUGUCAAAUUGGUUGUUGAUCAUUGCUAGACAGCCAUUUUCAAGUCUUGCCAUAUAUUUUCAAGCAGAUUUUAAGUCAAAACUGUAACUCAGGAACAUUUCAUUGUUGUCUUGGUAAGCAACUCAAGUGUAUAUUUGGCCUUGUGUUUUAGGUUAUUGUCCUGCUGAAUGGUGAAUUUGUCUCCCAGUGUCUGUUGGAAAGCAGACUGAACCAGGUUUUCCUCUAGAAUUGUGCCUGUGCUUAGCUCUAUUCAGUUUAUUUUUCUCCUAAAAAAAAAUCCCCAGUCCUUGCUGAUGACAAGCAUACCCAUAACGUUAUGCAGCCACCACCAUUCUUGAAAAUAUGAAGAGUGGUACUUGAAAAUAUGAAGAGUGGUACUCAGUGAUGUGUUGUGUUGAUUUGCCCCAAACAUAACGCUUUGUAUUCAGUACAUAAAGUUAAUUUCUUUGCCACAUGUUUUGCAGUUUUACUUUAGUGCCUUAUUGCAAACAGGAUGCAAUCUUUUGGAAAAUAUGUUCUGUACAGGCUUCCUUCUUUGUCAUUUAGGUUAGUAUUGUGGAGUAACUACAAUGUUGUUGUUCCACCCUCAGUUUUCUCCUAUCACAGCCAUUAAAGUCACCAUUGGCCUCAUGGUGGAAUCCCUGUGCGGUUUCCUUCCUCUCCGGCAACUGAGUUAGGAAUGAUGCCUGUAUCUUUGUAGUGACUGGGUGUAUUGAUACACCAUCCAAAGUAUAAUUAAUAACUUCACCAUGCUCAAAGGGAUAUUCAGUGUCUGCUUUUUAAAAUGUUUACCCAUCUACUAAUAGGUGCCCUUCUUUGCGAGGCAUUGGAAAACCUCUUUGGUCUUUUUGUUUGAAUCUGUGUUUGAAAUUCACUGCUCGACUGAGGGACCUUACAAUUAUCUGUAUGUGUCGGAUACAGGGAUGAGGUAGUCAUUCAAAAAUCAUGUUAAACACUAUUGUUGCACAGAGUCCAUGCAACUUAUUAUGUGACUUGUUAAGCACAUUUUUACUCCUGAACUUAUUUAGGCUUGCCAUAACAAAGUGGUUGAAUACUUGUUUGAAAUGUAUUUCUUUGUAAUUUGCCAAAGAAUUUGACAUUAUGCAGUAUUGUGUGUAGGCCAGUGACAGAAAAUCUCAAUUUAAUGAAUUUGAAAUUCACGCUGUAACACAACAAAAUGUGGAAAAAGUCAAGGAGUGUGAAUACUUUCUGAAGGCACUGUAUAUGGUGAUAUAACAGUGGAUUAAGUCCCUGAAGUUUCUCACUGUAAUGUGCUGUACAUGUGGGACCUACUAUGUCCUAGUCGUGACACAUCUACAGUAUGAGAUACCAUUUCAGCUUUGGAUCAUCAUCUCAUAGCAUCUAUCUAUUUCACUACCUCCCGCUCGCUGCCUUGCGCUACAGAGCUUUUGUUCUCACAGGGUAUCUGUCCCGUUUCCAAAUGGAGGCCGUUGAGAAUAGAGGAGUUAUUGGGAAGGCAGUUUAAAAAUAGAUCAAAGGAAGGAGCGGCAAAAUGGGAUUAUAGCUCUGUAUAAUUGCGUAAUCUGAAUUUGUAAUUAGGCAUUUCAAAUUAAAUAUCUCUGAAUAUUUCUGUGAAUGUUUUUUUUGCGAGGGAUGUUUGCAAACGGUCUUUUGAAGUAGCUAGACUAGAGAUAUCUGGAGUUGAGAUAUUAGGCCAGUUCUUACUAUUCUAGUUUGUUGAAAUCAGUCAGGCUUGAAGUUUUACCACGUCAGAGGUUUAUUCAGUUCCGAAAGAUGCAGGUACAAAUAGAAAUGUUAUGUAUAGAGCAAGAAUGAUUCCCUGUUUUAAAGGACAGAAUGUCCUAUAUCUUAACAUUCCGUAACACUCAUGAACAGACCCCAGUGGGUAUUUAGACUAACCUUGGCCCGUCUUGUCUUUCUCUCUUUCCAGUACCUCUUUGCAGACAGCACCAACAGCUACCUCUGGAACUCCUUUGACUUCUGCAAGACCAUCCAGGGGUUCUCCAUCCCCUUCAAGCCCACAGAUCUGCUGCUACACAGCAAGAGAGCCAACCUGGUCCUGGGCUAUGACAGCUCCCACCCCAACAAACAGGUACUCAACUGACUGCUAUAGAAAUGCUGCUUCACUGUCUUGAAAAAGGUCUCGGACAGAAACGUAGACGAUUAACAACAUGCAGAGGUAAGCAUGUUUAAAAAAAAUCAAUUUAACCAGGAAGUCCCUUGAGAUCAACAAUAUUUUUAUGAUGGAGAUCUUUGUGCAGGAAGUGUCUAUUAUAAUGAUCAGCGCUAUAGUACUGUAAGAGAUCCACAGGCUCCUCCUUUGCCUUUAGCUCUGUGGCCACCAUUUGGUUCGAGGUUAGAUGCCUAUGUGGACAAAUGGCUCUACUCGAUAUGCUGGAUUACCAUACCAUAGCCCCACAGCAUUUGGUUUAUAAUACAGUGUGACUGUUCUAGAGAAAAAAAACAAUAUUUCUGAAUGUAGGACAGUUGCAUAAUUGCAAAUAGAACGGUGCAUAUGCAAAUACUGGUUAAAUGUCACAGCUGCAUAUACUAAACUGGACAUUUUGUGGAAUUUUUCCCUAACUACUCAUUCACGUUUCAGCUCAACAAAAAACUCUCAAACAUUCUGCCAGUUAUAUGCAGCCAGGAGUCAACAUGUGCAAAUGAGCCCCUGACCUACAUUUACUCCCCAUCCCCCGCCUCUGUUAUUUUUGCAGCUAUGGAAAUCUGACGAUUUUGGAGAGACAUGGGUGUUGAUCCAAGAGCACGUGAAGGCCUAUUUCUGGUAAGAUCAAUGCCUCUGUAUACAAAGGUGAUGAUGGUGUGAUGAGAGGCAGAACGUACAGUCAUCAAUAUAACAAAUAGUUGCUGUUGAGUGCCAAACUGUCUACAAAACAUGAAAGCAUCGGUCUGUGAGAGGGAUGGAUGGGAUGUGUUUGUAUGUGUCUUUGUUUCCUGUUUACUUCCUGUUUUUCUGUGUUCUGUGACUGCCUGCCUCCUCCAUCAUCUGGCCCUUACUAGACCUCAGACGGUGGAGAGAUCUCAUUAAUGUCUUCCGAUUGCUGUCUGCUUACCAAGCACGCAGCUCGCGAGCUAACUCCUAGCCUCUCCAAGUGAAAUACAUAGAUUAGAUUGGCCCUUGUAAUUGAAUGACAAUGCAAAGAAAAUGUCACUACAUUUACAUUUACAUUUUUAGUCAUUUAGCAGACGCUCUUAUCCAGAGCGACUUACAGUUAGUGAGUGCAUACAUUAUUAUUUUUUCAUACUGGCCCCCCGUGGGAAUCGAACCCACAACCCUGGCGUUGCAAACGCCAUGCUCUACCAGCUGAGCUACAUCCCUGCCGGCCAUUCCCUCCCCUACCCUGAACGACGCUGGGCCAAUUGUGCGCCGCCCCAUGGGUCUCCCGGUCACGGCCGGCUACGACAGAGCCUGGAUCACUACGGUCCCUGAGGGAGAGAGACACUGAUUACUAUGUGUGAAUGGCUUGAUGACUCUACCACCUAAAGGAUUUUGAACCCUGCUAACAACCAGAUCUGCGUUCAAAUAGUAUUUGAAAUCUUUCAAAUACUUUUAACGUUUGCUUGAGCCUGCCUAGAGUGCCAGAUGGGCAGAGUUUGCACAGAAAAGGUCCAUCAAUCACAUCAGAAAUAACAAACUUGCCAAAAACAAUCUGAUAACGAUGAUGAUUGCGACACGUUCAGUGCCUUGUGAAAGAGAUCAGCUAUGUGUCUCUCACCACAUAAAGUAGGCCUAGGCAGGAGAGUGGCAAACUCAAACAUAAAAAAAUAUAUGUCACUUUCAAACCCCAUCCAUAAAAUAUAAAGCCCUGCUUUGGAAGGAUUUUACCGAUCUGUUAAUGAUUUAAAGGUGUGAAUGUGGAGGGUUAGCUAGGGUUAGACAUCACUUUCAUUGCCUCGCAGAACCUCUGCCUUUAGUAGAUGACAACAAGAGGCUCUCUCAUUCUCCACUGCAGAUAUGUAAUGCUGCUUGUCAGCUACAGCAGGAGUCUAUUCAGGAGGGUGCAACAUUUCAGAACGUUCAGAUUGAAAUGUAUUGUGUAGAACAUAUACGCUUGUCUGUCAAGUAGAAUUAGGAAUCAUGUCCGUUCUUUUCAGUGUAUUUCUAUCUGUAAUGCUCUGAACAUUUUUCACUUACUUAAUUCUCCCCAGACAGUUGGCUAUUUUUGCACACAUCUUCUGGUGUCAGAGACACAGAGCUCUGCUCCCUUCCCCAGUGAACCCACCCUCAACUAAACACUGAUAAACGGCAGACAGUGUUUUCUCGGCCUCCGGCAUGCUCAGACGGUGGCAGCGGUCGUACACGUGGGCGUGUUUGGUUUUUGCAGAGUUUGGUUUUUGCCAGGCAUUACUGGAACCAUGUCGUCCAAAGAGUUAUACUUUUUAAUCAUCUGUCCAUAGAACGUUCUUCCAAGAGUCUUGAUGAUCAUUCAGGUGCUUUUUGGCAAACUUGAGUCAACUUUUUGGACAAGAUGGUUCCCAUUAUGCCUGGCGAAAACCAAACACUGCAUUCCACAGUAAGAACAUCAUACCAAAGGUCAAGCAUGGUGGUGGUGGUGUGAUGGUUUGGGGAUGCUUUGCUGCCUCAGGACCUGGACGACUUGCCUUAAUAGAAGGAACCAUGAAUUCUGCUCUGUAUCAGAGAAUUCUACAGGAGAAUGUCAGACCAUCCGUCUGUGAGUUGAAGCUGAAGCGCAGCUGGGUCAUGCAGCAAGACAAUGAUCCAAAACACACAAUCAAGUCUACAUGAAAAUUGCUAAAAAGCAACAAAUUGGACGUUUUGGAAUGGCCUAGUCAAAGUCCAGACCUAAUCCCAAUUGAAAUGUUGUGGCAGGACUUGAAACGAGCAGUUCAUGCUUGAAAACCCACACGUCACUGAGUUAAAGCAGUUCUGCAUGGAAGAGUGGGCCAAAAUUCCUCCACAGCGACGUGAGAGACUGAUCAACAACUACAGGAAGCAUUUGGUUGGAGUCAUUGCAGCUAAAAGUAGCACAACCAGUUAUUGAGUGUAAGGGGUAAUUACUUUUUCACACAGGGGAAUUGGGUGUUGCAUAACUUUGUUUAUGAAAUAAAUAUGUAAUUGUUGUGUUAUUUGUUCACUUAUGUUCCCUUUAUCUAAUAUUAGGUUUUGGUUGAAGAUCUGAUAACAUUCAGUAUCACAAAUAUGCAAAAGUAGAGAAAAUUAGAAAGGGGCAAAUACUUUUUCAUAGCACUGUAACACUGCCCGUCCAAGUGGCAUCAUGUAGUCAGUAAUACCAGGCAGCGCUUUAGAUAACAACGCAACUACCGCUGCAGAUGACACCCCUCCCCCCACCAUGAUUGAGCGUAGGAGAUCCUCUUAGAUCACGCUUAUGAGUCUCGGAGUCACAGGGGACGGUUGCAGAGGGAGGAUUUUGUCUUGGAAUACCCACACGACCCAAAAACAAACAUGAACAAACAAUUUAAUCCCAAAGCAGUAACUAUACGCACAAUGCUUGAAGGUCUUUGUGGACUUCUGAGGAAGAGAGCAGCUACAGAAGUGUGUACACCAUAUUUUUUCCACAAGUAAUUUUCCUUUUAAAUCUGGACACAGCUACUGUCUCCACUGUGUCUGACUGCUUCCACACCACCAGCUGCAUUCAGAUCUUUGUCUGGUGCUUCUUCCUCCUCUGCCUCAAUGGCCAGUUUUCCUUCUUAACCAUGUGUGUCCAGUCCUUUGCCGAUCAUGGGCUUUCCACGUCUAAUCCAUUUGCCGGAAGCCUGCGCUGCAGAUCAGGCUAAGAAGGCUGUAAGCCCUGGGGUUUUGUCUGGUUCACACCCUGUUGUUGGACGUGUUUAACCAGCAGUUGUCGAAACGUCUCGAACCAGCAAAUCGUAUGUAUUUGUUCCCCUCCGUCCUAAUCCUUUUAUUCUGUUUGGUAGGAGGAUCGAGAGGCCGCCUUAAAAAAAAAACAGCCUCCCAAGUGUUUAUCAAAAGAAUAAGGAGGCCCUUGGUUCGCAAUGUACUGUGGAUUAUAAUAAUAAUAAUAAUAAUAUGCCAUUUAGCAGACGCUUUUAUCCAAAGCGACUUACAGUCAUGUGUGCAUACAUUUUUACGUAUGGGUGGUCCCGGGGAUCGAACCCACUACCCUGGCGUUACAAGCGCCAUGCUCUACCAAUUGAGCUACAGAGGAUUAGAUAGGCUAGCUUUAACCCACUGCCCUACCAGUGCUACAUGGAAAGGAUAGCCCAGAUAGGCAAAGCCCCAAACUUUGAUAUAGGCACGGCCCCAAACUCUGCUAGAUAGACAGACAAGACCCCAAACUCUGCUAUAGGCAAGGUCCCAAACUCUACUAGAUGGACAAGGCCCCAAACUUUGAUAUAGACAAGUCCCAAAAGCAAUGCAACAAACUCUAAUUUUGGCAAGGCCUGAAACUCUGGCCAAAACUCUAAUAUAGGCAGGUCCCCGACUCGGCUGUAGGCAAAGCCCCCAAACUAACGUUAGACAGGCAAGGUCCCAAGUCUGUCUGACUGGGGUCUUUCAUAUCCUCUCUACAUGGACAGCCUGCUCCCAUAAAAACGUGACCCCUCUAAAAUGUCAUACUAGAGGCCAGUCAAGACACAAGGCUCUCUCUGUCUAGCUCCAUUGUUAGUGAGAACGCGUCGUGUGAAUCUGGAAUGCCUUAUGGGAGAUUAUCAGAAAGUACUGUAAACCUCUUUCAGUUCCACUGUAGUUUACCGUAAAUUCACGGCUUAAAAUGGCCAUGCACAGAACUACUAUUGGAAAUGUGCAGUAUGGAAACUAUAAAUAUAUCAAUGUGUGUGGUAAAUGUAUUCUGAGUUUGGAAUGUGUUCACAGGAACACGUAGGCCGUUCCACUAUACUAGGAUUGUCAGUAAUCUGUAAAACAUGUAUCUGUUUUUGAGUCUGUCAGUGAGUGUGUGUGUGUGUGUAACCAUACCUUUAUCUCCCUCUGUUUGGUAUGACUGAGUUGGGCCCUGAGUUUUCCCAGACCAUGUUAUCUGAACGGGAAGAACUCCAAGGCCCUUGGCCCUUAAGUUCUUCCUGUUCAGUUCACAUGGUCAACAAAUAAAAACUCACGGUCAAGAGCCUGGAGUUUUCCCUGGUCGAGUCACAUGGUUAGAGAGAAACUUUUGGCCCUACCUAUGUCCCACUGACGGCCGUUUUCUGCAUCUUUCCAGGGGUGUGGAGCCGUACGACUCCCCCACCACGGUGCUGGUCCAGAGGCACGAGCCCCAGGGGGUGUCCAGCAUCCUCAGCAGCACUGACUUCUUCCAGAGUGAGCAGAACCGCAGAGUCAUCCUAGAGAGAGUGGACAACUUCCAGCUCCGGGACAAGUACAUGUUCGCCACCACUUCCACAGUAAGUGACGUUGACCUGCAAGGGAAUUAUACAUGA